AUGGAAUCAUCUUAUAAAUAUUUCCAAGUGAAUAGCUACGAUGAAUUGAAAAACCUUGUGAAAACGAUCGAGAAAGAUAAACGCAUCUUUGUAUUGUUCUACGGUGCUAAAGACAAUCAAGGACACAGUUGGUGUUCAGAUUGUAAUUUCGUAGAGAAACCAGUAGCAGAAAUGAUUCCAUUGUUAUUGCCAUCAAAUGGAAUUUUCAUUGAAUGUUCCGUCGGUGAUCGAGCAAGUUGGAAAGAUUCGAAUAGUUCGUUUCGGAAAGAUUCACAACUUCGCUUAACAACUAUUCCAACAUUAGUCGAAUGGGGAACAAGUAAACGUCUCUCAGAAAAUCAACUACUCGAUUCGGAUAUGAUUCAAAUUCUUUUUGAAGAAGAUUAA